GACGCGCCGUUGCACCGGGAUGAGCGGCGGGAGCCGGCGGGGCCCGCGGCGUCCAUGACAGGUCCUGGCCAGCCUUAGCCCCGGCGCCGCCAUGACCGAGGUGCUGGUGGUGAAGGAGGGGUGGCUGCACAAGCGAGGGGAAUACAUCAAAACGUGGCGGCCCCGCUACUUCCUGCUCAAGAGCGACGGCUCCUUCAUUGGAUACAAGGAGCGGCCGGAGAGCCCGGAGCAGGCGCUGCCCCUCAACAACUUCUCUGUGGCCGAGUGCCAGCUGAUGAAGACAGAGCGCCCGCGCCCCAACACCUUCGUCAUCCGCUGCUUGCAAUGGACAACGGUCAUCGAGAGGACGUUCCACGUGGAUACCCCGGAGGAGCGCGAGGAGUGGAUGCGCGCGAUCCAGACGGUGGCCAACAGCCUCAAGCAGCAGGAGCCAGAGGUGGAUCCCAUGGGAUACAAGUGCGGAUCCAUGGACGGCCCCGGCGCCGAGGAGAUGGAGGUGGCCAUGGGCAAAUCCCGCGCCAAGGCUACCAUGAACGACUUCGAUUACCUGAAGCUCCUGGGAAAAGGGACCUUUGGGAAGGUCAUCCUGGUGCGGGAAAAGGCCACCGGGCGCUACUAUGCCAUGAAGAUCCUGCGGAAGGAGGUCAUCAUCGCCAAGGAUGAAGUGGCUCACACCGUGACCGAGAGCCGGGUGCUGCAGAACACCCGGCACCCCUUCCUCACCGCCCUGAAAUACGCUUUCCAGACCAACGACCGCCUCUGCUUCGUCAUGGAAUACGCCAACGGUGGCGAGCUCUUUUUCCACCUCUCGAGGGAACGCGUCUUCACCGAGGAUCGGGCUCGCUUCUACGGCGCCGAGAUCGUCUCGGCCUUGGAAUACCUCCAUUCCCGGGAUGUGGUGUACCGGGAUAUCAAGCUGGAAAACCUGAUGCUGGACAAGGACGGGCACAUCAAGAUCACCGACUUCGGCCUCUGCAAGGAGGGCAUCAGCGACGGCGCCACCAUGAAGACCUUUUGUGGCACCCCCGAGUACCUGGCGCCGGAGGUGCUGGAGGACAACGACUACGGGCGCGCCGUGGACUGGUGGGGGCUGGGGGUGGUGAUGUACGAGAUGCUCUGCGGCCGCCUCCCCUUCUACAACCAGGACCACGAGCGCCUCUUCGAGCUCAUCCUGCUCGAGGAGAUCCGCUUCCCCCGCAGCCUCGCGCCCGACGCCAGGGCCCUGCUGGCCGGGCUGCUCAAGAAGGACCCCAAGCAGAGGCUCGGGGGGGGGCCCAGGGACGCGCAGGAGGUGAUGGAGCACCGCUUCUUCGCGCCCAUCAACUGGCAGGACGUGGUGCAGAGGAAGCUGGUGCCCCCCUUCAAGCCGCAGGUGACGUCCGAGGUCGACACCCGCUACUUCGAUGACGAGUUCACGGCGCAGUCCAUCACCAUCACCCCCCCCGACCGCUACGAUGCCCUGGGCUCCCCGGAGGGCGAGCACCGGACGCACUUCCCGCAGUUUUCCUACUCCGCCAGCAUCCGGGAAUGACGGAGCCGGAGCCGGGGGGGACGGGACGGGAC